AUGCCGUCGGUAACUGGCAAGGAAAGGGAUGCUACACGUGAGUACAACCACCUUCACAGGUCACAUUGCUCGCAAGUUAUUGAUACCAAUCUUAUCAGCGACUCUAUGGACGCUCGGACUCUUGUCAAUCAAUUCAAUGUCGAUGGAACAACGACUAUCGAAAAAUGCACGGCGAUUUGCUUCGAGAAAUCAUUCCAGUAUGCUGGAGUCGAGUAUGGUGGAGAUGCAGACUGCUCGAAUUCGAUCGCUGGUACUGGCAAGUCUGUAACCGACGGCUGCACCAUGCCAUGCAGUGGAGAUUCGACUCAGAUUUGCGGCGGAGGUAACAGGAUCAACAUCUACGAAUAUUCCGGGAACAACAUGACACCUAGCGCUUCUGCCCCUCAAAAUGUUGGAGAUUGGGCCUCUCAGGGCUGCCAGAUGACCAUCAACAAGUGUGUUAACAAGUGCUUCGAAGGUGGAUACAAGUAUGCCGGUCUGGAAUACGCCAAUGUGGACACACCUAUCAGUCUGAUGGUUUCGGCAGACUGCUCGAAUACAGUGGGCGGAUCUCUAGCACAAGAUGGGUGCACCACGCCUUGCGAGGGAGAUUCUUCCCAGCUAUGCGGAGGCGGAAACAGGCUCACCGUCUACCAAUACAUGAACAACGACCUUCCAACAGCUGCCACGCUCUUGGAAUCUUACGGCGAAUGGCAGGACCAAUCUGGAGCAAGAGCGCUCCCGACCACGAUAGGACUCGCCCAGAUGACGGUCGAAAAAUGCAUCGACGCGUGCAAGGCUGAUGGAUUCACGGUCGCUGGGUUAGAAUACGCAUCGUGGACUGUGGAUGUAGCUCACGAGUACGCAGAUUGCGGAAAUGCUCUCCCUAGCCAGGCGGCUACCGAAGGUUGCGCUAUGGCCUGUCGAGGCAAUAGGAACGAGAUCUGCGGUGGCUCUACUCAAACAGCGUGGAGUAUCUGGUCGCGUAAAGUUACUGGCCGCGUUUAUCCAGCCCCUAGUCCCGGAGACGUCUAUACCUAUCAAGGGUGCUACGGGGAUAGUGGAAAUUAUAUCCUUCCUCUGACUGACGAUAACUCGGUGCACCACAUGACCCUGGACAAAUGUACCACUGCCUGUCGAGCUCGUGGUUUGCCAGUGGCACUUCUUGGUCAGGAAAACUACGGCCUGAAUGGUGUGGUUGACGUCAGAACGGCUUGCGCAUGUGGCGACAAGAUGCCAUUCGCCGCAAAGAAGAGUGAUGAGAGCAAAUGCACCAAGGUUCGUGUCUAUUUAUUCCCCCCUGUUGGCUGGUUAUGGAUAGCUCAUGCUGUGUCUUCUGAUUUAGCGUUGCGAAGAUGGUCAACCUUGUGGGGCGUACCGUUAUUUAGAUACAUUCUCAUACAAGUACCAACAAGUCUUGAUAACUGGCGGGAAAUACUGCCGCUGAGUCUUAAGCUCAAAA